AUGUGCCGACUGUAUCUGCUUUUCACACUCUUGUCUGCACUCUGGAUAACGUGCAGUAGCGCUAUUCAACUUUUUGCCGCACACUCUGAUGGCUACUUGAGCACAUUGUCCUUGAAAGGUUGUGGCAAUGCGUCCACUCUCUCUGUCACAUCUACAACUGCAGCAUGUGCGGAUAAUCCAUCUUCGUUGAAUCUUGACUUCCCCAAUCGAGUCUUGUAUUGUCUGGAUCGCGGCAGGUCCAACGCCACAGAAGGAUCGCUCAAUUCUUUCGCUAUCGGUGCAGAUGGGACGCUUGUACGCAUUGCUCGUGUAAGCGCGCCUUUUUCCGGCGUGACUGCAGAUUACUUUGAUGCAAAGAGUGGGGUACGAGGAUAUGUGACGGCCUCGUAUAACAAAAGCGCAAUGGCAUCCUACAUACUUGGUGCGAACGGAAGUUUGACGGAGCCGUUGCAGAUUCUAUUGCCUACGAUCAACCAAACUGGCCCGGUUCCGUUGAGGCAGGACCGUAGCUACCUGCAUCACGUUGUUCUCGAUCCAACGAACAGAUUUCUCCUCGUGGCUGACCUUGGUGGUGACAAGAUCCGUGUGUACAAGUAUGACCAGAACGACAUCGCGCCACUCGAAGAGAUCAGUCCUCUGAUCACGGAUGCUGGCGCAGGGCCUAGACAUGCGGCAUUCUGGAAGUCUGAAAAUGACGAUAUCUUCUUGUUUUUCAACGGAGAGCUCAGCCAAAAGGUUUACUCGUAUCGUGUUGAAUACAAAGACGGGGGAUUGUCAUGGACAAAAGUGUACGAACAUGCGGCGAUUAGUGAUGAUCUCCCGGCCACCAAGGCACCUACGAGUGAGAUUGCCAUAUCGCCGGAUGGACGUUUUGUCGUCGUGUCCAAUCGGGAUGUUUCGUUCCGAGAGUCGCCCAUCUUUCAGAGUGGACCCACCGAUACGCUCUCUACGUUUUCUAUCCACGGAAAUGGCACCUUGAGUCUGGUCCAGCUUGUUCCAUCGGGCGGUUGGUCGCCUCGGCAAUGCAGCUUCAACAAAGCAGGUGACAUGUUGGCUGUAGGGCACCAGAAUAAUAACACUGUCGUUAUUUGGAAGCGCAACGUCGAGUCGGGGAAGAUUGUCAGAGAGGAGGAUGGCGGGAGGAUUGGCGAGGUGAAGGUGUCUGGGGCUGUGGUGUUUUCCAUGUGGGACGAGUAG